UAGCCAAGGUAAGGAUGUGUGUUUGGUUGUUGAAUCUUCACUCAUUUUGUUCUCUUUUUCGAUUGAAUCUUAACUGAAUCUCAUCAAAUUGAUUCGUGGUUCUAAAUGAGGUUUGCUUCCUUCUUCACAAGGGGUUUCCAACGCCAUCCUUCCUGCUCCAAGAUUCUUCUCUUAUGCACUCUCAGUGGUGGAGGCUUGCUGUCAUACUCAGAAUCACAAUCUGAAUCUAUUACCGGAUCUCCUUCUUCUAAUACGAAUUCUGAUGUGCCGGCAAAAAAGAAAGUGGUUGUUCUUGGAACAGGAUGGGGUGGUACUAGUUUUCUCAAGGAUCUCGAUGCAUCCUUGUAUGAUGUUCAGGUUGUUUCCCCUUGUAACUAUUUUGCAUUCACUCCUCUAUUACCUAGUGUCACUUGUGGGACCGUUGAAGCGCGAAGCAUUGUAGAGCCAGUUCGAAACAUGGUCAAAAAGAGAAAAGGAGACAUUAAAUUCUGGGAGGCGGAAUGUCUGAAGAUCGAUCAUGCAAACAAAACGGUAUUGUGUAGGUCCAAUAUUGGGAACAACUUAGUUGGAAGUGGCGAAUUUUCUUUGGAAUAUGACUACUUGGUUGUAGCAAUAGGAGCACAAGUGAAUACUUUUAACACCCCUGGUGUCAAGGAGCACUGUCAUUUUCUAAAGGAGGUGGAGGAUGCACAGAAGAUCAGAAGGGCUGUGAUAGAUUGUUUUGAGAAGGCUGUUCUUCCAUCUCUAUCUGACGAAGAACGAAGGACAAAUCUACAUUUUGUUGUUGUUGGAGGAGGUCCAACUGGUGUGGAAUUUGCUGCUGAGCUUCAUGACCAUUUCCAAGAAGAUUUAGUCAAUUUAUACCCAUCUGUUAAAGAUUUUGUGAAGAUAACAGUGAUUCAAUCAGGAGAUCACAUCUUGAACACGUUUGAUGAAAGAAUUAGUCUAUUUGCUGAAGAGAAGUUUGGAAGAGAUGGUAUAAAAGUUCAAACUGGAUGUCGAGUUCUCAGUGUUGAUGACAAAAAUAUUACAAUGAAGGCAAAAUCAACUGGAGAGAUCUGCUCUGUACCCCAUGGACUGGUUAUCUGGUCCACUGGGAUUGCAACUCGUCCGGUUGUGAGGGAUUUUAUGGAACAAAUCGGUCAGGGUAAAAGGCAUGUGCUAGCAACAAAUGAAUGGUUGCGAGUGAAGGGUUGUGAAUCUGUGUAUGCUCUCGGUGAUUGUUCUUCGAUAGAUCAACAAAAAAUAAUGGAUGAUAUCUCAGCCAUUUUUGAGGCUGCGGAUAAGGACAAAUCCGGUACCUUAACUGUUGCAGAACUCAAGGAUGUGCUAGAUGACAUAAUUGUAAGAUAUCCACAGUUCGAACUGUAUUUGAAGAGCAAACACAUUUUGGAUUUGAGUACUCUAUGGAAAGACUCAGAAGGAAAUUAUAGAGAAGAAAUAGACAUAGAAGGCUUUAAGAUGGCCCUUUCUCAUAUGGAUUCACAGAUGAAGAGUCUGCCAGCAACUGCACAGGUUGCUUCCCAACAAGGUGAAUAUCUAGCUAGAUGCUUUAACCGUAUGCAUCAAUGUGAAGAGCAUCCGGAAGGUCCUCGGCGAUUUAAAGGUUCCGGACGUCAUACGUUUCUUCCCUUCCGGUAUAAGCACUUUGGGCAAUUUGCUCCUCUGGGAGGGGAGCAAGCUGCUGCAGAACUUCCUGGAGACUGGGUUGCCAUGGGUCACAGCACUCAAUGGCUUUGGUAUUCUGUAUAUGCAAGCAAGCAAGUAAGCUGGAGGACAAGGAUGCUAGUCAUAUCAGAUUGGACAAGAAGAUUCAUAUUUGGAAGAGAUUCUAGCCGUAUAUAAGUCCUAAAUCAAAAGCUGCAUUUGAACAGCUUUGAGGCUUUCUGUUUAUCUGUUAAUUGUCAUUGUAGCUUUAUUCAUUAUGUAGUUAGUGUAGUGAUAUUUUGAAGGUACAAACAAGUCCUUUGGAGACUGUUUGAGAAUGUGAAGUUGUCUUGAAUGGAGAAUGCUCUUCUUUUAUAGCUAUCUUUCUCACUUGUAAAACUAUACAUUCAUACUGAUAAAUGGGGAAUAGAUCCUUUAGAUCCUCUUAACUGAAUUUUUCAUAUCGCAUAAAACAUUACAUGUGAUAUUGAAAAACAAAAAAGUUACACA